GGAGGGAGGGGCGGCGCCCUUGUCUCGGUGACUGCGCCUCUCGCCCAGACUCCCGGGAUGCGCGGAGGCGGCGGCGAUGGCGAAGAUGCCUCUAGCCCGGCAGCAUCCGGGCCGCGGAGUGCAGCUGGGGUCGGGGCUGAGAGAUGGAGGAGGAGGGGCGGCGCUGCGGCCCCCUGGCAGGAAGAGACGCUUCUCUCUGAAGAUGAACUCGACUUCCCCCCUUCAGAAUGCGCCCAAUGCCACCUCACUGCACCUGCCUCCUUCACAGGGAGGAAACAGCACCUCCCUCCAGGAUCUUCAAGACCUCAUCCACACAGCCACCUUGGUCACCUGCACUUUUCUGCUCGCUGUCAUCUUCUGUUUGGGCUCUUACGGGAACUUCAUUGUCUUCUUGUCUUUCUUUGAUCCAGCCUUCAGAAAAUUCAGAACCAACUUUGAUUUCAUGAUCCUGAACCUAUCCUUCUGCGACCUCUUCAUCUGUGGUGUCACAGCCCCCAUGUUCACCUUUGUGCUGUUCUUCAGCUCAGCCAGUGGCAUCCCAGAUGCUUUCUGCUUCACCUUCCACCUCACCAGUUCAGGCUUCAUCAUCAUGUCCCUCAAGAUGGUAGCUGUGAUCGCCCUGCACAGGCUCCGGAUGGUGCUGGGGAAGCAGCCCAAUCGCACGGCCUCCUUCCCCUGCAUCUUGCUCCUCACCCUGCUUCUCUGGGCCACCAGUUUCACCCUAGCCACCUUGGCUACCCUGAGAACCAGUAAGUCCCACCUCUGUCUCCCCAUGUCUAGCCUGAUGGCUGGAGAAGGGAAAGCCAUUCUGUCUCUGUAUGUCAUCGACUUUGCCUUCUGUGUUGCUGUGGUGUCUGUCUCUUACAUCAUGAUUGCUCAGACCCUUCGGAAGAAUGCUCAAGUCCGAAAGUGCCCUCCUGUGAUCACAGUUGAUGCUUCCAGACCACAACCUUUCGUGGGGGCCCCUGUGAAGGGGGGUGGAGAGCCCGUGCAGUGCACCGUGCCGGCCCUGUACAGGAACCAGAAUUACAACAAACUGCAGCACGUUCAGACUCAUGGAUACACCAAGAGUCCCAGCCAGCUGCCGACCUCUGCAGCCAACCGACUCCAGCUGGUGUCAGCCAUCAACUUGUCCACUGCCAAGGAUUCCAAAGCCGUGGUCACCUGUGUGAUCAUCGUGCUGUCGGUCCUGGUGUGCUGUCUUCCACUGGGGAUUUCCUUGCUGCAGGUGGUUUUGUCUGACAAUGGGAGCUUCCUCCUUUACCAGUUUGAACUAUUUGGAUUCACUCUGAUAUUUUUCAAGUCAGGAUUAAACCCUUUUAUAUAUUCUCGGAACAGUGCGGGACUGAGGCGGAAAGGGCUGUGGUGCCUCCAGUACAUAGGCCUGGGCUUUCUCUGCUGCAAACAGAAGACUCGUCUUCGAGCCAUGGGAAAAGGGAACCUUGAAGUCAACAGAAACAAAUCUUCCCAUCAUGAAACAAACUCCGCCUACAUGCUGUCUCCAAAGCCACAGAAGAAAUUUGUGGACCAGGCUUGUGGUCCAAGUCAUUCAAAGGAAAGUGUGGUAAGUCCCAAAAUCUCUGCAGGACACCAACACUGUGGUCAGAGCAGCUCGACCCCCAUCAACACUCGGAUUGAACCUUACUACAGCAUCUACAACAGCAGCCCCUCCCCAGAGGAAAGCAGCCCUGGAAUCUUACAGCCAGUAAACUCUUUUGGCUUUGCGAGUUCCUACAUUGCCAUGCACUACCACACCACUAACGACUUAAUGCAGGAAUAUGACAGCACCUCAGCCAAGCAGAUUCCUGUCCCCUCUGUUUAAAGUCACGGCCAGUGAAUCUUGUGCCAGUUUUUUGUCCCUAAUACUGAUGGACUCUAAAAGAUUUUGAGGUCAGUGGCAUAUCAAAACUUGAAGAGUCAACUGAAGAGUUGACUUUUGGAUUUUCUUUUGUCUGGAACAUUAGCAUCUGGAUUUGCUUUGUAGUUUCCUGACAUUUUAAGAUUUGAUGUAAAAGUUUAUUUAGAUUUUUACCCUGACUUGUAACCCAAUCUUUUGUACUAAACCUCUAAGAAGAUGCCAGAAAUGAUGAUUCUACUAUGUUAAGUAGAAAAUCUACUGAUUACAACCCUUUGAGUCAGUGUUACAGGUCCUCAGAGUAUGUAUUAGGUGGAUUUUUUAAAAAGAAGUUUGAAAAAAAUCUUUCUGAAGUGUUAUUUUUUAUAAAAAUGUGAAAUUUGAGCCUUUGAAGUACUGAAAUAGAAAACAAUAUACUUUUUUGGUGGCGGGUUGAUUUAAAUAAGUAACACUGUUAAAGCAGAAUAUUAGAUAUAUUGCCUAUACCUCUGUCCUUAGCAAAAAUUCUCACCCACUCAUCUUUUUAUAAGAGUCACCUAACAUAUAAAGCUAUGGCUAUUAUCAUUCCUUACUAUAGAACUUAUUGUUUUGCAACACUUGAAUAGUUGUCUAGUUCCUUUGUUUGUUACCAGUGAACUGCUCUGUUUCAGGGCUGUAUUUGAGCAUUCUACUAGUGAUGAGGACCCCUCUAUAGUAAAGGAGCACUGUUCAGGGGGAGCAGGCCCUGUGUGAUCAGCUUAGGCUGUUGCUUAUGGAAGAUGGUGUGCAUUGUUGUUUAACAAGGCAUGGAGAUGUAAUUGGGAGAGUUUUGACUUAGGCUUUCCUUCUGUGUGAGAAGAGUGUAGUAUCCAGCUACCUGACAGUAUUCACAUAACUAUUUAGAAAUGGCUUUUUUCUUUACAUACUACUGUGGUAAAAAAUUUCUCAAAGUGAUCUAUUAAUAUUUUCAACUAAAUAUUUAAUGGGGUUUGUUUUGUCUUGUGAGACUGAACCCAGGGACUCAUGUAUGCUAGGCAAGCAGUCUACCACUGAACUACAUCCCCAGCCCCUAACUGUUUUCUAUCUCUCCCAUUAAUCUUAAACAGAUAUGAGCAACUAUAUUAAGUAUUUUUACACUUGAAGCUAGUUUUAUUAUGUACUCUGUGAUUCCUAGGAUAACAACUGUGAAGUCAUAUUUUUAUGUAAAAGUAUUUUGAUCAUACAGAGUUUGAACUCACUAGAACUUUGGAACUCUAACU